AUGUCGUUCUUCGGUUUCGACCCGUCGCGUCCGAGCCACAACACGGCGGCGCCGGGCUUUUCUCAGGCCCACGAUCCUUUCGCUGGCCUCUCCCGCGGCAACACCGAGGAAGACGAUGCUGUCGAGUUCGACGACACCUAUGAUGGCUUAGGCGAUCAGCUCGAAGAGAGCGGUGAUGCCUUCAAUGACGACACAUUCGGGGGUGGUGGCAGCGAAGCCAUCUCUUCCGCGCCCGUUGGUAAGGACUUUGACUUCUUUGGCCAAACGGCCAAAGUGUCGGAUGCCAUCGAAGAAGAGCAGGUCCGCUACAGUCGCCAAGUUCCAAUGGCGAAGCCGGCUCCCGCUCCUGCGCCGACUCAGCAGCAACAGCACUAUCAGCAACAGGCCCAGCCUCCGCCCAACUACUACUAUCAAAGCCAGCAGACCUCCAGGCCUGUUCGCACCGGCUAUGAGAAGUACAAAGAGGCAGAGCCUAUCCCUGAUCUUCAUGUCGAUGCAUCACUUUGGGGCAUGCCUUCCAAGAAGCCCCCCGUCCCGGAGCCUUCGCCGCAGCCGCAAGCCGCCUCUGCCAGCCGUAAGGUGAUGAGUCUGGAGGAAGUGGAAAAGGCAAUGCGAGAGCAGGCCACUAAGCGAACAGCCCAACCUGCUCUUUCCGAGUCUGCGCCGAGCGUUCAAGGUUAUCCGGCUGAUUAUGGAUAUGGUCGACCUGAGGCUGUUCAACAACAAUCUUUCCAGGGUCUUGAGCAUCAUCAGCAGCGCGCUGGUCAGCCUCCUCAGCACACCAGCCAUGGCCAGCCUGUUACCAUCCUUCAGCGACCUCAGUCUAUCACCUCCAAGCCUACGCCGCCCAUUCAGGGCACCCCCAGUCCUCUUGCUCAACCUCCUCACUCUCAAGUUCCGCCUACGCAGCCGACUCAGAUAUUGCAAAACCCCAAUAGGCUUUCGGGCGAUGCCGCUCGGAUCGCAGGACAUGGCCAACCUCCUCAUGGUCAUCACCAGGCCCAUCGAUCUCAAGGUUCCAUGGGUCGUGUUCCUCCGGUCGCUCAGCAGCAACAGCAACAGCAGCAUCUUGCCCACCUUUCUGAGGACGAGAAGGCUGCAUACCUCGACCAAGAAACCAAACGUGCUAAGCGUAAUCAUAAGAUUUGGGUCUUGUCCAAGGACAACGGUCUCAUGACGCCUCAGGAUAAGAACUUUGUGACUCGUAUCCAACUGCAGCAGCUUGUUUCGGCCACCGGCAAUCCGAUUGAUCAGACCAACGACGACUCUCUGACGGAAGACUUUUACUAUCAGGUUUUGAGCCAGAUCCGCGGUGGUCAGCGCCAGAACCCGAACCAGCCCCUGAACAACUUUGCUCAGACCUACCUGUUCCAGACUGGAAGCCGCCAAGGCAACAUGAGAAGACAGGGACGAGCCGCCGAAAACCAUGUCCAGCGGAUGGAACAGCAAGUUCAGCGUGCUGUUGAGGCUGCCAAGAACAAGCCCAAGAACCCUCAGCUGGUCAUCGCGGGCAGUCUUGGAAAAAUUUCUUUCAGCAACGCCAAGACACCGAAGCCACUCCUCAACAUCAAGAGAACCGACAGCAGUGGAGAUGCUAACCGCCCUGGUAAUGGCAAGCGCCAUGGAGAUUCGAACGGCCUGGACCGCAAAGCUAUUCUGCGGAACAUUGAGAAGGUCUACAAUACCAUUAUGAAGAUGGAAGAUCACGCUCGCUUCAUUCCUCCACCGCCCGCUAAUGGCAACGACGAAGAAUUCCAUGUGAAGCACCAAGCGUGGUUGGAGACGGCCCAGGCGUACAAUGCUCAGCUUUGGAACGAUCUCAAGGUUCAUGAGCCCAUUGGUGCCACUACCAUUCACCCGUUCAUCGCGUUCCUUUCGUUCCCCAAGGGCAAGAAGGCCAUCCCUCGUGUCUUCCGACACAUUAGCUUCGAGCAGCGCACCACCAUCUUGACCAUGAUCAUCAUUCACCUGGAUCAGCUCGAUGUAGUCUACGGUGCUCAGGCUACCGACGGUGAGGUUAGCCUCAACGCUGCUAUGCGGGAGAGUAUUGAACUCUUCUCUGCCGCUGUCAUGCCGAGCUUGUUUGCCUAUUUCAACGAGACGGAGCUUGACAUUGUGACUGGUGUUCUUGGUCUUAUCAGCACCAAGCUGAACAUCGAUCUGAUUGCCAAGACUCGCGUAGGUUGCUCGAUGUUGACUCUGAUCCUAAGCAGAGCCGAGUUGUUGAAGCAAGGUGGUGGAGGCACUCCUCAGCUGUGGGCUGAAUGGGAGCAAACCUUCAAUAUGUUCUUCAACAAGCUCGAGCCCACUCUUCACCACAUCUUCCCUGGUAGCGUCAACACAGGUGAAGACGUUGUCGUCUGGCAGCUCCUUGCAGCUGUUGGCGUCAGCGCCAACCCCGAACAGCAACAGCGCUUGGUUCUUGCUGUCAAGGACCGCGUGCUUGACACAGUCGCUCAUGCCAAGACGCUUCCGGGCGCCAUGGCAACCACCCGACUUGCCACUGUCAACCUCUUUAUGCAUUCCAUUGGCUUGGAUGUUGAAUUGCUUCAGUAA